CCAUCAGGACCAGAAGCGGGGUCGGACUGCGAGACGAACUGUUUUAUGGACAUUUUUUGUUUCAGGAGUCAAAUGUUUGUCGCAGCACAUGUCUGUAGGAGAGACAGAUAACACGGACCAGUUAGUUCAAAGAUCAGAAAAACCUUUUUAAAAAUGAGCCCGGUUUUGUGUCUUUUGGUUCUCUUUCUGCGGACCGCUGAGCUCCGUCACGUCCACGCAGCCCAGGACGCGCUGGAGGGGCAGCGGGCAGGGGAUGCUGGCGCGCCGGCUGCGGGGACCCUGGAGGCUCUGGACCGUAUGGAAAGAGUUCCCGAGCUGAAGCGAGUCGCCCGAGGAGCCAAAGAUAGGAAUUUCGGGAAAAGAGACCCGCAAUUACCGAGCAGUUACAGCCAUCCGCGGCGGCACGACGACCCGAGCGGGUACUUCACCACACCGCGGAGCCACCGGGACGCCUCCGCCCCGCCGGGUAACUCUUCGUCAGGCCACGGGUCGGGGCUCCUCAACCCGCUGUUCCCGGUCACCGACGGCUCCUACUGGGCGUACGCAGUCAUGCUGCUCGCCCUCGUGCUGUUCGCAGCGGGCAUCGUGGGGAACCUCGCGCUCAUGUGCAUAGUGUGGCACAACUUCUACCUGAAGAGCGCGUGGAACUGCAUCCUGGCGGGGCUCGCCUUCUGGGAUUUCCUCGUGCUGUUCUUCUGCCUUCCCGUGGUCGUCUUCCAUGAGCUCACAUUGAAGAGGUUGCUGGGAGACCUGUCCUGUCGGCUCGUGCCCUACCUGGAGGUGACCUCUCUGGGUGUGGCCACAUUCAGCCUCUGUGCUCUGAGUAUUGAUCGCUUCCAUGCGGCCACCAGCCCCGGGCCCCUUCAGAAGCCGAAGGUGGAGCCCUGCCAGUCCAUCCUAUCCAAGCUCUCCGUCAUCUGGGUGGGCUCCAUGGUGCUGGCCGCUCCUGAGCUGCUGCUAUGGCAGCUCCUCCAGGAAAAUGUCAGCCUGCCGACACUCACCACUGACCUGCAGCAGAGCCAGUCGGGAGGCUCACUGAUGGCUGCCUUUAGGGCUCGAACAGGCGCGUUCAAGGUGGAUAUCUGUGUUUGUGAGCCGUCUGUGGAGCUCCCAGAGAACAUCUACUCUUUGGUGCUGACCUACCACGAGGCCCGCAUGUGGUGGUUCUUUGGGUGCUACAUCUGUUUGCCGCUGCUCUUCACCCUGGCCUGCGACUUGGUGACGAGGCAAGUGUUAGCCCAGCGUCUUCCACAGAAACCCGGCGGUGACAAGGUGACCGCCAGAUGCUCUUCCUCUUCGACAAAGAAGAAGCAGCAUGUGAGGGAGCAGAGGCUGCGUACCACUGUGAUGGCACUCACCAUCUUGUACAUCACAUGCAACCUGCCGGAGAGCAUUUGUAACAUCACCCUGGCGUAUGUCUCUGCCCAGGUGUCCGAUGCGCUUCCGGCUCUGGCUCUGCCAGCACUGAGUCUGAUUGGACAGUUCCUGCUAUUUGUGCGUUGCUCUGCGACACCGGUAUUGCUGCUUUUCCUGUGUCGCUCGCUGGGCCAGGCUUUCAUGGACUGCUGCUGCUGCUGCUGUGAAGAGUGCCUCCCCGAUGGCAACUCCUCUUCAUCGUCAUCUGCUUCAACCACCGCCACCUCCAACCUCUCCUCACCCACAUCGCCUUCUCCAUCCUCCCUGUCUCCUUCCAGCAAAGAGGAGACGAAGAGCAUAUUGACGACAGAACCAGCAGUCUGCUAUGACACAGCGAAAGACUCUUCAACAGCUAUCGGGACGCCCUGCUGAGGUCCAGAACUGUAUUUAGCUGCAAAUAACUUUAAAGGAUGAUUUAGUUUUUUUUGCAUCUUGGGUCCUAUUUUCUUAGUUUUGUCCACCAUUUCUAACAGCUAUAACUAUAUUGUACUCACUAUUUAUGAAGUGAAUAGCAGUGAUCUGGUGAUUUACUACGAAGAAGUCGGACGGGUCGAGAAACACAAACAGACAGACAGAAAACAAACAACAGUUCAGAUCACACUAUAUAGUCAAAAGUUUGUGGACACCCUGUCUCAGUCUGUUUUUCUUGAUUUGGUCUAGGCCUCUUAGUUCCUAUAAAGGAGCCUCUUUAUGCUACUUAUGAUACUUUGGACAGUAGUGUGCUUCCAGCUUUGUGCCAAAUGGCUUUCGUGUUCCUAGAGAUAAUCUCCCUGUGCAAAAUAAAUCCAUACAGAUAUUGUUUCCCAGUGUGGUGUGUAAGAUCUUAAGUGGUCUGCCAAGAGCACUGAUCUCAACCCUAUCCAACACCUUUGGGAUGGGUUGGAGUCCAGACUGGGAGCCAGACUUGAUCAUCAGUGUUGGAGCUCACUGAUGCUCUUGUAGCUGAAUGGGAGUAAAUCCCUGAAGCCAGGUUCCAACAUCUGCAGGAAAGUCUGAAAAUCAAAUGAUUAAUCUAUAAAAUAUUUGAGACUAAUGUUCAGGCAUCCCGAUACUUUGUUGGGUUGUUCACACACACUUGGUCAUGUCUAAACCACUUUAUUUUAAAGCUACAACUAGGGAUGAAACUAUAUGAAAAUUUCAUAUCACGAUUAUAGUGACCAAAA